AUGUCAAGCUCCACACCUCAGCAAUCCGAACAACCUGAUAAGGAUAAAAAGGUCGGUGUCAUAAGCCGGAUGAAGAAAGCUGGAUUUGACCCGAUUUCGAAUAAGAUUAUGCAAAGUAUGAGUGCAAUAAAAGUCACAAAGCUAACCUCCACUUUGAAGUUCCAUAAAUCACCCAAACACACACUGGUUAAAAUUUUUCAUGUUUUACAAAGUUCGUACAUCGCCAGCUUUAUAUUAUCAAUCGACUUUAUUCUCAGUUUGUCGUUGUGUGUGACGCAUGUUAUUACAACGUACUUUACCGAUAAAAAUGUUUUGAACAACUUCUUGUUUUACGACUUUAUAGUGAAUUGCUACUUUCUUGCUACCACUUUCUAUCAAAUGGUGCUCUUUAUUUUCAAAAGACAGGCGAGUGCGUUUGUGGCAAUGAUUAUGUGUGUCAUUACAUUUAUACCAAUUUGUUAUUAUCAAGUCACUGAAGAGAGUAUAUUCAAGAAUUGGAGUGAACACUCUCAUAUAUAUUCUUUGAGUUUUGUUCGUAUCAUAUACAGCAAUGUCCUUCUUGGAACCAUUAUCAACUUCUUAUGGGUUGGUAAAGACCAAAAAUUUUAUGACAUUGUAUCCACAGCUGUUAAAGCGUUAUUCACGAUAUUCACACUCUUAUUUUUUUCCUCGAAUUUGUUCCACUUCCUUGAAGGUUUUGAUCCGGAGUCUGCGUAUCACGAGUGGCACAAUUGUAUCUAUUUUUGUGUGGUGACUGUUACAACAGUUGGUUAUGGUGACAUAGCUCCCAAGUCUUUACUUGGCAAGAUAUAUUGUAUAUUUUAUAUCAUUAUGUUCUUCGUCAUCUUUCCAGUCUAUGUGACCAAACUCACAUCUUCGCUAUUCUCGUGGAAAAAGAAGAAGACGUAUAAAUUCAUGAAAAACCACUUUGUGUAUACUGGUGAUGUUGAGGUCCUUCCUCUAUUAGUGAAUUAUCUUAAAACGGAUUUGGUUGCAAUUCUUCCUACCUUCACAUGUGAUCCCGUGCAAAAACGGGCGUAUAAAUGGCACUUCUAUGAAGGUGAGAGUUCUGACGAAUUAGAUCUUAAAAACAUUGCAGUUGCAAGAGCGAAACGAGUCAUGGUUACUUCGGAUGGCGAUGAUAUGCUGACGUAUUUACGAUGUGAAUUAAUACGAUCAUACUCCAAAAGUUAUAUUGUGUGUUAUUUGAAGAAUGAUUACAUGAACGACCUGUUUUCCCGUCUUUCAGUGGAUGUUAUCAAUGAAUCAAAUAUGUUAGUUCUAAUGGUCGGUGAAAUUUGUACAACACACUACAUUGAGGCGUUUCAAUCAAUGUUUUCGAUGACCAACAAACCACAUGUGAACAUUUUGAGAAGCAUGAAAGUGCCACAACAGUCUGUUGGCAAAGAGUGUCGAGAAAUUGUUAAGGCCAUGUUACUCGACUUUUCAGUCCUUGUGGUGAGUAUUGAAAUUGAUGGCAACAUGGAGUACUUUGACUCAAUGAAACUGGUCACAAACGACUCGUACAUGUUUGUACUCUGCACACUAAACAAGUACACAAAACUUCGGAAUCAGAUGAAAGACGCCAAAGAGAAAACAAAGAAGAGCAAAAAGUCUCAAAAGGACAAGUCUAUUGACAAACCCAAAUCAAUGAAGACACAGAUGAUUGCUGACAACGCUAAUGAUGAGAAUAUACAAACAACAAAGGACCAAGAAGACACAAAGGUGGAAACAAUUACUAAGUUUGAAGGAGACAAACACUUUGUUAUAUUUGGAUAUCAUGAAGGUGUGUUUCUGGUCUUAGAGAAGCUCCGAGAAAGAACGAAGAGCUCCUUAGUCGUCGUUGUUGAAAAUUUGGAAGCAAUUCAGAAGGAUUGGAAACGCAUUAAACAACUUGGAAACGUCUUUGUAUAUAUUGGGGAUGUGUUAUCAUUAACUACGUAUACUAAGGUCAAACUUGCGAAGUCAAUUGGUGUUUCUGUGAUGUCUUUUGACCCGAAAAUAGACUCAAAGACUAUUGUGGUGACCAAACUAAUUCAAGGAUUUAUUAAUGAGAGCAGAGAGGAAGAAACAUAUCAACAAAACCACUACAUCCACAUCACAUGUGAAAUUAACGACUUUUCCAAUUCGAAAUUUGUGAAACGGUUUGCUAGUCCGUUUUCUAAGAAUUGCAUAUAUGAGAUGUUGAGUAAUAUGUGUUAUUAUAAAAAGAACAGCCAUGUGUGGAACGACUUAAUUGGUGUGACAGGAACAUACGGUAUUACCAAGGUGGAUGUCCCUGAUGAAUUGGUUGGUGCACAGUUUAGUGAGAUGUUUGGUUUGUUGUUUGAGAAUGGGAUAAAGUGUCUGGGUGUUUUAAAGAGUAAAGGGAAUAAAGGUGUCAGAAGUCUUGUCAUCAAGAAAAAGAUGGUACUUGAGAAAGAUGACGAAGUCUUUUGUAUUGUUGGGAUCAAACAGAUUGAAAAGUGCAACGAGCAGAUUAAGGCAAUUUCAGUUGGGAGCGAAGAUGGAGAGAUCGAAAGAAAACCAACAAAGAUGCACACAAUCAAUACAGCCGUCUGUACUGAAAAGGAUUCAAUUUUUGAUAAAGAAGCACAAACCACAAAGGACCAAAUCGUUGUGAAAGUUGAAGACUCCGACGACGACAAGAGUGAAGAUAGCGAACAGAUGGGUACUAAGAACAGACUAAACGAAAAGUCAGUUUCUUCUGAAGAAGGAUCUUGUGACUAG